AAUCAGUUCUCUUUGGGCCGAGGUGAGUGCGGCCAUGUCUUUCCCUAAGGCUCCUCUCAGGCGCUUCAACGAUGCUCCCACUUGUGCCCCACCUCCAGGUUCUUAUGAUAUCAAAACUUCAGAUCCCUCUAAAGGACCUGUAUCUUUCGACAAGUCAGAACGGUUCAGAAUACAAACAGGGGAUGCUGGAAACCAGCAGAUUCCCAGUAAUAUAAAACCAACAUCUUCCCCAGCAAAUGGAAGAAAACUCCCAGCUCAGCGGUCAAGGCCAAGUAAUUGUGGAAUGAAGGCUAAAAAGGAUUUGACUGUCCUGAAAGAUAUGAAAAACCAAAAGGAGCUGGAAAAAGAGAUACGUGUGCUAAUUGCAGAACGAGGACAACAGGAUAGAAGGCUGCAAGCCCUGGAGGAAGACCUUGAGAAAUCUGAAUCAAAGCUAUGUGCUAUACUGAGAGAGAAAACUUCUCUUCUGGCAAAUGUUGCUUCUCUGGAAAAACAGCUUCUGGAGUUGAGCAAGACCAAUGAAUUGCUCAAAACAAAGUGUUUUGAAGAUGGGGCACAGAAAAAAGUGAGCAGUCUAUUGGUAGAGUUAAUGAAGCUCAGGAAUCGGCUGAAUGCAAAGAGGGUCACCUUUGUUAAGCAGAAAGACAUGGACUCUAAACUUAAUGUAACCCAAGGAACCUUGGAACAUUCAAAAGAAAAAGUAGCACAGCUGGAAGAACAACUGAUGGAAACUGAGAAACAGUCUGAAGAGAAAUAUGAUUCAGAGAAGCUCUUAGAAUAUAUUGCAGAACUUGGGAAUGUUGCAGAACAAAUGGGUGAUAAAUACAAUCUAGAUAUCACCCAUUUAGAGGAAACAAUAGAAGCCAAGAAUAAGGACAUUGAAAAAUUACAGACUGCUCUUCAACAGAAAGACACAAUGCUGUCAACAGAGGUCAAAGAGCUGAAUGAAAAGUACAAGAUGACUGAAGACCAAAAAGAGAAAAUGUUAACUGAAUAUGGAGAAAAAGAACGAGCUAUGAAUGCUGAGAUAGAAUGUUUGAAAGAACAGUUGCAUCUAGAAAAACAGGAGCACCAAAAGCAGAAGGAAAUCUGUAAGGAGAUCUCAGCUGCUACGCAACAGACGCUGUUUGUUGUCCAAGAAGAAGUGGCUAAAGAGAGACAGAUUUUAGAGAGGGAACUGAGAGAAACCAUGGAUGAAGUUGAUAAACUGCAUGCCAAAGAUGCUGAAGCUGCGAAACUGUUGAAGUACUUAGGAGAAAAGAUUGAAUCCCAAGCUGAGACAAUAGCACAACUGGAAGCAAAACUAGAAAGGAAGAAUGCAGAGUUAAAGAAAAUGACUGAACUACACAGUAAUGUCAUUGAGAAGAAACAAAAAGAGCACAGCAAUGCCCUGUGUAAACUGGGAGAGACCACUGCUGAAUUUGAAAUUUACAAGUCUUGUGCUGAGAAAGAAAUUGCAUGCCUCAAAGAAGAGAAAACUACUAUGGAGGAAAAAAUAAUUCAGAUGAGUAAAGCAUUCCACCAGAAUACUGAAACAAUGGAAGAGUUGCAGCAUGCUAAGAAGGCAAAGGAAGAAUAUUCAAGGAUGCUGUUGGAUGCCCAGACAAAAGUCACAUUAAAAGAUGCAGAAAUAAAAAGAAUCAAGGAGUCAAGUGCUAUGCACAUUGCUAAUCUGCAAGCAAGAUUAGAAGAGCAAAGUGAAGACUUCAAGAAACAACUUGAAAUAGAAAGGAAAACUAUUGCAGAAAAGUUAGAAGCAGAUUAUAAAGACAGCAUAGAAACCUGGCGUGUUCUAUAUGAAGACCUGUCUAACAAAGUAAAACCUUUCCAGCAACAACUUGAUGCAUAUGAGGCAGAGAAAAAUGCCCUUCUGAAUGAACAUGGUGCUGCCCAAGAAGAGCUAAACAAAAUCAAUGAUGCAUAUGCUAAGCUGCUGGGCCAUCAAAAUCAGAAGCAGAAAAUCAAACAUGUCAUGAAACUGAAAGAAGAGAACACCCAACUGAAACAGGAAAUAUCAAAGCUGCGCUGUCAGCUAGCAAAGGAAAAACAAGUUCGGGAAGAGCUCCAGGCACAAAUGAAUCAAAUUCAGGGUGUCAAGCGAUUUGAUCCUUCAAAAGCUUUUCAGCAUGUUCCCAAGGAAAACAUUCCUCCCAAAACACCUUUUAAAGAAAGUAACAGAAGAACAGCCAAACUGCUUUCAAAAGAACAGGAACAAAAUCACAUGUAGGAGCUCCAAGGACUUCACUUUUGAAGAAAGUAACUGGCGAGUCCUAUGAAAUAAUUUGUACAUAUCUAGGCUAUCUCAAUUUAGCUGGAUGGUAGAACUAUCAUUUUAAAACCUCUGUUUAAAUAAUAAAGUAACUGGCUAUAUCCUUUCACACUGUCCUUUGUUUAAAGUGAAAAUGAUGAUAAUCCUGACAUACUUAAUGUACCAUCAGCCCAUGGGUCUGCUCACAAGUAUUUACUAAAAGAUGACUGGUAAACUUUUCUGAUUAUUAUAAUAGAUUACAGUAUGUGUUUCAGGAGGAGGAGUUAUAGAUCAGUUUUCUCUACAUUUGUUUUUAAUAUUGGUGUCUUUUAAUGCUUGCACAGUAUUAGGGGUGAAAACUUAAUAAUAGCAGUAAUAACAACCAGACUUUUUGCAGGUGCCAGUAAAGCUAAUUUUUGUAUUUGUUUUCUCAGAUCAGUUGGCAUUUUUGCUGUGUUCUUAGGCAGUGCACCCUAAAUGUAGCCUACUUACCCUCUAUGAUAUAUAAUUAACGUUUUCAAUUUCUUUUUUAAAAAGGAAAAACCUUUACUAUCAAGAAAUAAACAGAAUUAUCUCUCCAACCAAGUGAAAUUUAGGAGAAAUGUGUUUGUUUUUUUGUUAUAUUAAUAAAUGUGUAA